AUGUUUGGCAGGUCACGAAGCUGGGUUGGAGGGCAGGGGAAAUCGAAAAAUAUCCAUUCCUUGGAUCAUUUAAAGUACAUGUAUCAUGUCCUGACCAAAAACACCACAGUGACAGAUCACAACCGCAACCUCCUGGUGGAGACGAUACGUUCCAUCACAGAGAUCCUCAUAUGGGGUGACCAGAAUGACAGCUCUGUUUUUGACUUUUUCCUAGAGAAGAACAUGUUUGCCUUCUUCUUGAACAUCUUGCGGCAGAAGUCUGGGCGCUAUGUGUGUGUUCAGCUUCUCCAGACUCUGAAUAUACUCUUUGAGAACAUCAGACAUGAAACGUCACUGUAUUACCUGUUAUCAAACAACCAUGUGAACUCCAUCAUUGUCCACAAGUUUGAUUUCUCAGAUGAAGAGAUUAUGGCCUACUAUAUCUCCUUCCUCAAGACCCUAUCACUCAAACUCAACAAUCACACUGUGCACUUCUUCUACAAUGAGCACACGAAUGACUUUGCCCUCUACACUGAGGCCAUAAAGUUCUUCAACCACCCUGAAAGCAUGGUCCGCAUCGCAGUCCGCACCAUCACCCUCAACGUGUACAAAGUCUCAUUGGACAACCAGCACAUGCUGCACUACAUCAGAGAUAAGACAGCAGUGCCGUAUUUCAGCAACUUGGUCUGGUUCAUCGGUAGCCAUGUCAUUGAACUGGACAAAUGCGUGCAGACAGAUGAAGAGCACAAAAACCGGGGCAAGUUAAGUGACCUGGUAGCUGAGCACCUUGACCACCUCCACUACCUGAAUGACAUCCUCAUCAUUAACUGUGAAUUCCUCAAUGAUGUUUUGACCGACCACCUCCUCAACCGUCUGUUCUUACCUCUUUACGUGUUCUCAUUGGUUAGCCAAGAAACACAUGAAGAGCGAAAGAUCAACCCUCAGGUGUCCCUCUACCUGCUGUCACAAGUGUUUCUUAUCAUCCACUAUCAACCCCUUGUCAAUGCCCUGGCUGAUGUCAUUCUCAAUGGAGACUUGUCUGUCUUUAUUCCACAAACAGGCCUUCACAACCCACAAAAGAACACAGCUAGUUCGGGAGGGGUGCGUCGCUUCACCAAGCCUCCUGAGUCUUUGGAGCGCUCCCUUGAGCUAUCCCGUCACCGUGGCCGCAAGAGAACCCAAAAGAGGCCAAACUACAAGAACCUGGGCGAAGAGGAUGAUGACGGGGGUUCAAGGGGAGGAGGAAGCGGAAGCCGGGAAGAGGCAGAUGAGGGCUGGGAAGAUAGCGGCCGAGAGAGGGAGAAGGGAAAAGGUACAGAGGUUGUUGGAGCAGGUGGGAGUUCUAAGGGAAGCAGAGCGAGUGGGGAAACGGCGGAAGAAAUAGAGAUGGUGGUGAUGGAGACAUGUAAGGUGUCAGAACUGACUGAGCAGAACAUAACAGAUGAAGAGAAGAGCGCAGCAGCUACCCGCACGCACACACAGAGAAGCAGGCCUUUCUUAGAAAUGGUGUACAGUGCCCUGGACUGCACCAAUGACGACUACCAUGCACUGUUUGUCCUUUGCCUGCUCUAUGCAGUUUCACACAGUAAAGGUAUAAACCGUGACCUUCUGGAGCGACUCCAGCUGCCAGUCCCUGACCAAGAAAGAAGUUCCUACAGUUUGGUACUUGCAGAGAGGUUAAUACGAGUAAUGAGCCAAGCGGCACAACCAGAUGGUCGAGUGCGAUUGGCGACCCUGGAGCUCAGCUGCCUUUUACUGAAGCAGUCCGUGUUGUCUGGAAGUCCGUCUAUAAUCAAAGAUGUUCAUCUGGCCUGCCUGGAGGGAGCAAGAGAAGAAAGUCUGCAUUUACUUCGGCGAUUCUACAAGGGUGAGGAGAUCUUUCUGGACAUGUUUGAAGACGAAUACAGGAGCAUGACGAGUAAACCACUGAAUGUGGAGUAUCUAAUGAUGGAUGCCUCCAUACUUCUUCCACCCACCGGCACACCUCUAACUGGCAUCGACUUCGUCAAGAGGCUCCCUUGCGGAGAUGUGGAAAAGACACGCCGGGCCAUACGUGUGUUCUUCAUGUUGCGGUCACUGUCACUGCAGCUUCAAGGAGAACCAGAGACACAGCUGCCUCUGACCAGACCUGAAGACCUUAUUAAGACUGAUGAUGUCCUAGACCUCAAUAACAGUGACUUAAUAGCAUGUAUGGUGGUCAGUAAAGAUGGCGGCCAGGCUCAAAGGUUCCUUGCUGUAGAUGUGUAUCAAAUGAGUUUGGUCGAACCAGAAACCAAACGCCUCGGAUGGGGUGUCGUCAAGUUUGCUGGCCUAUUACAGGACAUGCAGGUGUCUGGUGUUGAAGAUGACAGCAGAGCUUUAAACAUUGUUAUACAUAAGCCCAGUUCCAACCCCCACGCCAAGCCGCUACCGAUCCUCCAGGCCAACUUCAUUUUUGCUGACCACAUCCGCUGCAUUAUUGCCAAGCAGAGACUGGCCAAAGGUCGCAUCCAGGCACGACGCAUGAAAAUGCAACGAAUAACAGCUCUGUUGGACCUUCCUGUGCAGCCGAGCACCACGGAGGUGCUGGGUUUCGGCCAAACGGCCAACGCCUCCCCCAGUGGUCUCCCUUUCCGUUUUUAUGAGCAGUCAAGACGAGCGCCCAAUGACCCAACAGCCAACAGAGCGGUCUUCGGCUCAGUUGAUAAAGUCCCAGGCUUUGCGGUGGCUCACUGUGUAUCUCAACACACUCCCUCUCCGCUCUCCUCCCCUUCAACUCCCUCCAGUGGGAGCGGAAGCACAGGACGAUGCGAUUCGGUCACGACGAGUACCAUUUCAGCUCAGAGCCCAACAGAUGAUGGCACUUUCUUGGAGAACACCCCUCCUUCCUCUUCAUGCGGAGAAGGAGAGGAAGGCAGUGGGGACCUAACGAGCACCCUCUCAACCCAGGGUCCGCCGCCACCGACCCUUGCCCCCAGCCUCACUCCGGCCUCCCAACCUACAAUCUCCCUCCUCACCGACAGCAGUGCUGACACCCUGAGCGUAGAAUCGCUGACCUUGCUGCCCCCUGUGGACUCGCCGCACCUUUACCCCUGCGCCAAUCCUCUUGCUGUCCCUGCGCCCUUUCUCAUGAGACUGGAGGAGGAGAGCGAUGAAGAGAAAACGGAAGCACGAAAAGGUGAGCAAAAGACUGAAAGCUCGCCGGUGGAGCACACCGAUGCAGAUGGCACACUAAAAGAGGAUUUGAAGGAGGAACCGCUCAUACCCACCCACGACACAGUAGACAAUCCACUGGGUGAAAAUGAGCAUGGUGGUGCGGACUCACUUCAGUAUGAGGAAGAGAGAGCGCCAGUAUCUGUAAUGGAACGAGAGGAUGUGGAAAAGCACACAGAAAUCCCCGAUUCACCUGAACUAGACUAA